AUGGACUCCGACUGCCUCGUCUGGCUGCACCGGACCUCGGCCCUCGUCCAGGAUCCGUACCUCCACCGAGCGGCUCAUGAAGGAACCGUCGCUGCAUUCUUCCUUGGCGGUAUCGGCAUGUGGCUCAUUGCGCUGGUGAUCCGCAUUGUGCCUGUAUCAUAUUCCCCAAAGCUUCGAAAAGCCUUGAUUGCAGCUUUUCUACUUCGUGGCAUCGGCUAUCUACUGGAGGGAGUCGCGCAUGUUGCCUUCAACCAGCGGGAUGGCCUUGCCCUUGCUUUGGGUGGCCGCGCCGUGGUGGUGGUUUCCCUGUUCUUUUGGCUUACAAUUGCCAGUGGAUUGGCGGAAGUAGUUUGGGAAGGGAUGCACAUCCUCUGGUUGACGUCAUGGCUGAUCUCAGUCUUUUUUCUGCCAGUGGUUCUUACGUGUCUCUUCGCGUUUUCCCAACACAGCACCAUCGUGGCUAUGUCUGCAGCGGGUGUCGUUGACCUCUACUGGGCUUGCAUCUGGGCUGGCGUGGCGAGAACUUCUUGGAUCCGCGGGGGCCGGGCAACUGGGCCCGCAGCCGCUAUGCUCGUAUUGGCGGCUUUUGGGUCGAUCUUCACAGCUGCCACAGAAAACGUAUGCGGCCCGCCUGCACACGCCGAUUGCUACGAGGACUGCUUCAUGCAUCCUCGUGGCUGGUACAGUUUUAUGGGUUGUUCCCUCUGCUUUGUGGGCCACCUGUUUUUUGUCGGUUUCUGGCUUCUCGAUGCUGUCCCAAUGGAUGUCCAAUGGCCACCAAAAGCAUGGGAGCAUUUCAUCGGAAGCAAAGCAGGCGAUAGCCAGGGCGUGGUGGAACCGGUGGAGCCUUCGACGCUGCCCCCGCGUGCCGACUGA